UAUCAAUUCAGAACCAUCAGCUCAAGUGCUUUAAAUUGUACGUACAGAUAAAUAAAAUCCUUAGGGUUUGUUUAUUUUAAGAGGUUUUUUUAAAAAGCGGUUUUAUCAAUUUAUUCCGCAAGAUGCCCAAAGAGAAGAAAAGUAAACUUGCAACCCACAAGAUGAAACUCUCCCCAAGCCACCAACAGCCGACUCCUUUGGAGCCGGAUGCGACCCGGCUGACAAGAAAGAAAAGGACAAGAAGACAGGAUAUUGAAGAAAAAACAAUGGAAGAUCUAGUGUGCCAGGGAGAAGAGGAGCUUGCACCAGAAGUAAAGAGAAAGAUGGAAAGAAAACUUAAGAAGGAGCGUAAAAAGGAAGAAAAAAAGUUACUGCGGGAAGCUGGUUUGCCAGUGAAAAAGGAGAAGCCCCAGAAGUCUUCAGCUUGCGACCUUGCAUUAGAAUAUCUGAGAAAGUGGUCCAAGAAACACAAGGAAUGGAGGUUUCAAAAGAUAAGGCAAACCUGGCUUUUGCAGCACAUGUAUGAUUGUGACCAGAUCUCUGAUAAGCACUUUACUCUGCUGCUGAGUUAUCUGGAAGGACUGAAGGGGAACGCUCGCGAUGUAACCAUUCAGAAAACUGAGGCACUGAUUAAGGAAUCUGACACUAUAGAUGACCCCACCGUGUUCAGCGGAGAAAAGAUUGAACGCAUGCAGCAGGUCCUCCAGCUUUUAUCCUGAAGCUUUGUAAUUGUCACUCUGUUCGCUGUGAAGUUUCCCUAUCCCUAGCAAAGGAGAAUUUAUACACAAAUGGAAUUUACACCACUUCUCUUACAGUAAUCUUUGUUUGAAUAUUCUGCUGAAGGGUGUUCUCAUAAAGUUUAAUUUCUAAUCUCAGUGAUUGCAAUAAAGUUUAUUUUUGUAUUAGAUGUUCUGUGCUUACCAAUAAAAACAAAGCUUUACUGAAGUGAUGGAUUUGAGACCAUGAGACAAUACUGAAAGCUAUUUGCACCAAAUAAGGGCAUGGUGAAAGAAAUAGUACUCUGAGGGUUGUGUAAGCAGAGUGAAAAAAGUGGGCCUGGGUUGUUUUUUUUUGUUACGUGCAGCAGAUCAGGCUGGACUCUGAAGAUAUCUUCUGACCAUGAAAUGCAGGUACCCGGUGUGUUGAAGAGCCAUGGCAGGUAUUAUUAUAGAGUGGGUACUUAGGAGCAUAACUAGGGGGUGAAAAGGGCAGUUCAUCUUUUCUUAUUAAUGUUUCAUGAAGUCCAAAUAAAAAAAUGCUUUAGUUUGGAAGCAGUGGAAGUUACAAACCCUAACAAAAAAUCUAAGCAGUAGUGGCAAAAAUGUGAAUGGGGAGCUGCAUGCACACUUUGGAAUACAUAACCAGGCAGUAUUCGAUGGACUUUAAAUAUUUUCCAUUCUUCAUCUUUUCUGAGAUGAAAGCAUCCAACUGUACUACUUACUGAGGCGCUGAUUCUGUACCACUGAUGGAGCAGACAGCUGCAGAGCAUGUGCCACUGGUACAUACAACAUAGAACCAGGCCCUUCAGCCCAUCUUGUUCAUGUCAACCAUUAAGUACCCAUCUACACUACUCCCAUUUACCAGCACUUGGUCCAUAGCCACCUUUGUCCAUAGCUUUUGUAUAAAAGUUUAUUCAAGGCUAAAAUUGUUUCACAUUAAAUAAAAAAAAUCACUUCAUUCUUACUGACUCCAUUUGCACAUUACCAACCAUAUUUGUGCAAUGACUAACGUGGCUCACUAAGCUGUCUGUGCCUUGUAGAUUUUGUGCCCAAUCCAUCAACUGAUUGUAAAAAGGAAGUUUGAAAAUCAGUGCCUUUUGUUUAUUUUAUUGAAAAAGAACUAUUUGAGCAAUAGUGUUUUUGCUCGGUAAUGUAUUUCUGAUGUUACUGACAAUCAGUUUCAAAUACUGUGGAUGACAUCAGUGUAUUCUCACAAUUAUACAGCUGAAGUAAGAGAGCUUUAGUUCUGUGCAUGCCUGAAUGUGUGCUGUGUGUGUGCACAUGCACAUGUGAUAUGUGUUUGCUUGUGGCAAUUGUAUACCUAUAUAUGUAUGCAUGCGUGUGUGGUUUAUUGCUUUAGUAGUUUAUUAUUGUCACGUGUGCUGAGAUACAUUGAAAAACUUUUGUCUGUGUGCCGUCCAGGCAGUCAUUCCAUACAUAAGUACAUCGAGGUAGUAAAACAGAAUGCACAGUACAGUGUAGCAGCUACAGAGAAAGUGCAGUGCAAGUGUGUGUGUUAAUUUUGUUCUCUUCUGCUGUUAAAUUAGGUAAUUUCUCUAUGUGCAAAAAUUUGUAUUAAUUUGACAAUAAAUUGCAGUCAGCCUGUGUUUUGAUAUUCAAGAACGAUGUCUGUACACCAGGACUUGGGUGUAAUUGAGUUUGUUGCAAGGUCCAUUAAAUAGAUCUUGACCUUGGUUUCACCCGAUACAGACUUGUCUCAUAUAUAAUCUGAAUAAAUAAUCAUUGAAAGUA